CGACUAUCAUGACCGGCAAACUCGAAGGCAUCAUAAUCACCAUGGUGGCAGACAUGGGCAGGAUGAAGCAAUGUCUUACCGUGAGGUACGGCAAUCUGGUCGUCGUGGCCGAUCCCUGCAUAACGAAGACGAUGUCGAAUACCGACGACGUGGAGAUCAUCGUCACCAUCGGUCUCGUACUCGGGCUCGUAGCGAACACCGCCUUGUGGAGGUAGCGACAGCGGCCCUAACAGCGGGUGUUACGGAGGCUAUCCGAGCACGACACGACCCAGAGAGAUCUCGACGAGCCGUUACGGCAGCUGUUAGUGCCGCAGCUAUGGACGCACUUGUGAGCAAAGAUGAUGAUAGGAAAAGAGGACGCCACAUCGUGGAAAGUGCGGUCGGUGGGAUGAUAGUUGACCGACUAGCCAACGGUCGUUCAAGGAAAUAGUUUUUGUAAUCCGCUCAGCAAGAUCGAUAUGCCAACUUCUCAU